UGAGUUUGAAGGCGGAAAUUCGGUAUUGGCGCUGCUUUUAAGGUCACCUUGUAGCUCGAAUUCUUCCUGUCAACUGGUUCUGUAAUUUGUAUUGGUUGUUACUUUUAGCGAAACAAUCCAAGAUCUCAUCAUAUUUAUGGAUGGUGACAUUUUGAAUGUUUUGAAUUCUAUCAAAACUGUGGGAAAAGACAAUGCUGCAAUCUGUAUUCCCUUUGAGAGACUUGCUCAAUAUUUAUUACUUGAUAAGGAUAGUCUUCCGAGUAACCUUCGCUUAUCACUCAUUGAAUGUAUCGCGAAUAUGGCGUUCGAUCCAUCAAUCAUCGGAUUAAAAGGUUUUGAGUUAUUAUUUCCUGGCUUGUGGAAUUUGGUAUAUCUCUCCCCUUCAACGGACAGAACUAUAUCAUCACUUGUAUUCCCUGUAUUAAAUCAGAUUAUACAGUUUAAUGCCUUUGUCGAUUUCAAUGGUAGCCUUCCAUCUGUUUUGACUAUUUCAGUCAAAAAAACAUGUGAAUUAUAUAUGCCUGAAACAGAUUGUCUUUUAUUUUUGAGUGAACUUCUACGGUAUGGUGUAAAAAACAAUAUAGAUUUGGAAGAUUCUCUGUUAAAGAGCUUGGCCGUUUGUUGUGAAAAAUUCGAUCCAUCGUGUAAAGAUAAUUUGCUUUGGAAUUACUUAAUUUUAAUGAUAAAAUUAAUAAAUUUAAUGCCUACAAUUGAUAAUGGUAUAGGUUUAUUAGAACAUCUUAAACAUCCAAUUCUAUUUUGUUUGAAUUGCUUGAAGACUGAACGAUUUUACAGCAUCAAUAAACAAUUCUGUAUAGUUCUCCAAUUUUUGAUCGCUUUGUCAAACGUUUUUCAAUCAUUAAAAUGGUUGGAAAAUUUUUGCAAUCAAACUAAUCAUGGUGAACCAUUUACUCUUGUUGUUACAACCCUUACUAUUGAACUACGAUUAUAUCUGACUCAGAAAUCCUCAGGAAACAGUAACAGUAAGAGUGAUAACAAUAAUGUUCAGUGCGUUUUGAAUUCUGGCAGUGAGGAAGAGAAAAAUUUUAGGACAUCGUCAGAAAAUUGUACAGAUAUAUUGAUUUGCUCAGAUUCUUCAGUAAUUAAUUCCAAUAUAUUAGAAGCAUGUUUACUUUUAUUUCAAUAUUGCCUACAAGAGUUACAGAAGAGUGACACUGAUGAUAAUAAUUUAGAUACUGUCAAUAAAUGUAGUGACAAUUCUUCUUAUCGCUCCUUAAUUUCAUAUGCUAUUGACGAUACAGUGAAAAAUAUUUGGUUACAAUGUUUAGAUACUGGUGAAUUGUUACGAAAUUUACUGAGUUCAUUUAAUCCUUCUAUAAAAAAUCAAGAUCCCAGUUGUGAAAUAUGUACUGAUACACACUUUUUAUGGGACAAGUUGGUUAAUGAAAUUAAACCGCUUGGUACAGUUUUACUUGAAACAUAUUUCAGUUGGAUUGAAUUAUACUUUAAGACACAUUGUAUAGAACUAGAAAAGGAUUUUGAAAUUAUGUCUGUUUUUGAAGAACUAUUCAAUAACUAUUUAACUCCAGUUUUACCGAUUUUGGAUACACUGAUGACAAAUUUCUUUGAAGAUCAUCGUUUGUCAACUGCCUCGCAUCAAAUUUCAUCUACAGAUAAUUCGAAAAUCGUUCAAUCCGUUGCAAACAUUUCAACUAUUUUAGUUCAGCUGUAUAGAAUUCCUUCAAAUACUGACUUGUCUGCUAACUUAUUUGGAUAUAAUUCGACUGGUAGACCAUUUCGUGGAAAUAUGGUUUGCAAAUGGUUGAAAGAGAGUUGUUGCGCGAAUAUUAUAACUGCCCAGAAAUCUAAUAUGUGUUCAUUCGUUACCCUUGUUACUAACAUCUUGGAACUUAUCAACAAAUGUCUGUUGAAUACGCUGUUACUCGACACGAAGGACAGUAUACAGGAAACCAAUUUACUUAUGUGGCUUUUGAGUCCUGGUGAAUUAUUGAAAUUUUUUGUUGGUAAUUGGAUCUCUUUCAUAGAUUCUCUAAUUGUAAAUCAACCAUCUCUUUGCAUAGAAUAUAUUUGUACAGUUAUUAAAAUAUGGAUAGUUUAUUACAAAUGGUCCAAAUUAUUCAGUUCUAAUUUAUGUGAUCAAAUGAAAAAAUGUCUAUCGGCUAUUCCUGAUGAACUUUUGAAGAGAAUCGAUAAAAUUUUAUCUUUGUUUGAGGUUGCGUCAUUGGAUUCUUCAGCUAGAUAUCAUCUUUCUAAUCUUUGCGAUGUUUUCACCGAAGCCGCUAAUUUGGAUACACGGUUCUCAGACAUCUCUACUCUUGUUAGAGACUUUUAACUUGUUCAUUUUCUAUAUUGUCUACAGAAUAAUAACAGUUGUUUCCCAUCACUGGAACACAGAUAUCGGCAACAAUAAAAGUUUAUUCAGUAGUCUUUUUAUUGAAGAUCACACUUAAAGAAAUAUGCGUAGCUUUUAUUUAUAAUUUUAAAAAAGCCAUGUUAAAAAUUUAGAUAAAUAACUUUUGUAUUACAUGUUAUAAAAUGUCAAAAAUUGUUGCCAUGUUAUUGCAUUGUCUACUUGUUGCGAAACUGCUACCAUUGGUGGUUAUUAAGCGUCGAUACGUAUAGUGAGAUGAGUCGUAAGGUUUAAACUGAGAUAUGUUAACAUUAUUGUCUUUUCAUAACACUGAUUUAACAUUUCGAGUAGCCGUCUUAGCACGAGGUGGAAGACUGGAAUAUUUACUCUUUCCGUAUUAUUAUUAUUAUCUUUACGUUGCUGCUACAAAAAUCCCCGAAAAUUCCGACGCGACUCGAGGUUCAAUAUAAACGGUUGUCUGCUAUACGUGCAGAUUGUGGUUUUGUUGGCUGGUUGAAGUAAUAUAUUACUGACCGGAUUACACCUCUUUGAUAACACUGGUGUAAUAAUAUUGACCUCGGCACCAAUAUCUACUGAAACGGCACCGAAUUUUUUGUUAAUCGCUUGGAUUAGGUAGCUCGAUGGGUGGUUAGUGACAGCUCUCGCCACUGCUGCCUGGUUGGCAAUGUCUCACCGAGGGUCUUUAUGAUUUGUGGAAACAUUCCACUGUCUUUUCCAUGUCUUUGCAGCAAAUCUUUGUCUUUGAUUGUACCAGCAUACUUUUCCGAAUAUUUUUGGUGACUGAAAACGUAGUUUUAUGGACGACCUUUUUCGGGAUGAUGACCAUUUACGUCUCAUCUAAAAGUUAGAUAUUGAUGUUUGUGACAUAAUAAGUCUAUUUCUGAGGUCAAUUAGCUGUUGUUGUAGUGUUGCUAAAUGGUAACCACUAGUGCUAGUUCCCGCCGCUGUAUAUGGAAUGUUGACACUGUCAGCGUCUGGAUAUGCAUCAUUUUGUUUGCCAUCUCUGAUAAAUUGUAGAGUUUAACUGAUAUACCGAACACAUUCAAUACUUGCCGUAGAUUGUACGACAGUUGCUACAGUUAAAUUUAUCCUCACAUCCUCGUCUGGCCUACGGAAACCAGCUAUCCGCUUCAUAUAUCUUAGAAGUUGGGAAGGUUUUCUGUCACCAAAAUCACAAACAGUCAGUAGUAGCUUCUUUUCUUCUGAGACACGUGUGCUGCAUAACCUCGGCUUUUAUUUCCUAUCAUAUGGAGCUUCUUUCGGUACCUGACCAAUGAGGUCCCAGACCGUAGCUGAAACUUCGACUGGUAGUGACCCUGCAUAACAGGUAGCCUGGGAUCGUAUUCCUCAAGCAAAGAGAAGUGCUCCUAUCUGAGCGAACUAGAGUCUUGGAUUAUUUGCACUGUACGCUGCAAGCCUGAACUCGAAAAUUGCAUUUUACAUGGUCUUUACCUGUUUCUGUUUUUCUUUUUAAGUUUGAGAAGAUCUCUGGUAGUAUUUUCAAUCCUCAUGUAAUUAAUAGAUAAACGUUUUAAAUUAAUAUGAUAAUGAUAAGGAAUAUAGCAAUAUAAAUGUAGAAAUAUUUAUAUAAUCGAGGUAAACGUAGGCUCACUCAAUAAGUUUGUUAGACCAAAAUCCAAGUACUUAAAUAACAAUGAUUUUAUCCAAAUGAAAACGUAUUAAAGUUACUAAACAAUAUGUAGGUUAUACAGAGGAUACUUUCAAAUAACCAAUAGUUGUGCAUUUGGUAGGUCGGAAAGUAAGUCCAUAGUUAUGACAGAUGACUGGUUAUUCCAAAAUAUGGGAUAUAAUUCAAUAUAAUAACGUAUUCUUGACCAAGAUAACGUUCAGAAUCAAACUUUAAAUGUACGUAACAGGUAUAUUGGAGGUUUGUUUGUAUGGCAGUCAUUUGAGAGAGAACCGGUUUUGAUUUAUGCAGCACGUGCAACUUGUAAACGAUAAUCAGUUUGAUAUGGAAACGGCGCACAAAGAAAUUUAGUGUUGACGUUAUUCACUAACGUGAUUUAAGUCAGUGAAAAUGUAGGAGGUUAUGUGGGAUAUAUGUUUCGUUAAAAUCAUUCAAUAAUCAGGAAGUCAAAUAGAGGGCCUAUAAACUGAUUACUGGAAGGAAUUGAACCCUGGCCUUCUUCGUGAUAGGCAGAGAUACGCAUCAAUAUAAUUACCUAUUAAAAACGAACAUAGUUUGGUCUUGUACGGGAAACAAAUAGCUUCAUCUGAUGAUUACAUUGGCGUAUAUUCCUAGACCUUCAAGGGGGUAUACACUUACUAGCUUAUCUGUAGUAUUUUGAUGAUAUCGACAAAUCGGAGGAAUAUGGUGUUCGAUAGAGAGCGAUCGGCUUCUGGCACGUGAUCUGUCCCGCGACCACCAUAUCAAAAUAUUUAUAUCUUUCUGCAGUGUAUCGAUCCUGUCUUCUAUCGUCAUGUUAUGCAAUUAAGUGCUCGCUUUGGAUUUGAGAGGACAAACUAAAUCCGUACAUCAAAUUGUUCUCGUAUAAAUAUAUUUCAUUCAUUGUUAACCCAGAUUGAUGAUAAUAGAAACGAUCAGAAAAGUCAAGUAUGCCGAUUCAAUCUAAUAAAGAGCUACUCAGUAUUUUAAGUCAAGGAAAACUAAGCUAAAAUCAUGUGACGAAGUGAGUAAAAUGAUAAAAAAACAAGUACAUUUAUGCUCUCACAUAAAAACAUGGGCACAAGCAAAUAACUGACGCGGUCACAAAGAGGUUAGAUUAGUCUUCAAAAUCUAGAGUAGUCCUCACAGUCGUAAAAUGGUGCCAAAAUGCCAUAACAACCUCUGUGUGGGUAGCUAUACAUUAGUUUGAGAAAAAAACCAUUUUGAAAAUAACACUGAAUUGGUAUGUGAAGGAAGUAUAACAGUAAGUAGCAAAAGAUACACUAUAUCCGGUAGAUUGCAAUGAUAAAGGAAAGAUGAAUGUUUAGUGCGAAAAAGCAUAAAUACCGUAUGUUUGCAGACAAAUGUAAGUGCUCACAUGUGAUAAUGAGCACGUAUUUAUGUUGUGAACGUAUGGGCGAAAAGAAGUAUUUUCAUGAGUAAUUUGAGUGUUUAUUAAAACAUGAUAAAUCAUCUAAAGCUUAUGCGUAUGAAAACUGAGGAGAUCGUAUAAAUAAGUGACGGAAUAUUAUCUGUGAUUCCGACAAAAUGUAAGAAUGGUCAGUGCCUCUGAAAAUGUUUUAGAGCAUAUCAAGUUUAAUGAUUGGAGAUCAAUGCAAAAUCAAAACUCAAGUUGUAAAACUAAGCAGCCCCAUAUUUGUGAUCGACGUUUGGUUAAGAUUAUCGUUGAGAAAUUUUGAACGACGACUGCUUUGUAUGAAUGUUUUGAACGAACACCAGUUGCAUAUUGUGAUAAGGUGCUACUACCGAGAGUGUUGGGGUAGUUGCGACCAUUCUGCUCUCAGCAUGCAGGAGGUUCGCCCGACUCGGACUAACGAAUCACGUGUCAUUAGACAUCCAGUUUACUUAGCAGGUUCGAUGCAUGAAUGGCUAGCAAAUAUGUCAGAAAUAUAGACACGAAAGUGGAUGAUAAUGAAUAAUUAGUCUCAUAAAGCCAUUCCUUCGAUCGACAAUCCAACCAUAAUAAAGAUGAUCGGUAUUAACAAAAGGCUUAAUAAAAUUACAGGUGUUCACAAACGUAGUGAAAGACUUGAUCGAAAAGACAAAACGCGUAUGCGACAUGACAUUAUAAAAGUGACCUUAGCUACGCGGAUAGGAAUAUAAUAGCGAAGAGAGCUGACAUGAAAAAAAUGGACGAACCCACUUUAAGCGAGACAACUUUGCAUUAUUGAAUAAAAUAACAGUUGAAUUAAUUGUGAAUAUCAUCGUGUAAAUACAGUGUUGAUAAUAUUGUUAAUCGAUGAGUGCGUAAUAGAAAUACGUAAAUGCUAUAAUAUAAUGUUAAUACGAGUACAAUAAUAAUCCCACAACUUUGGGGGAUAAUAAUCAUAAUGAGAUAAUCCACGAAAUAACUGAGUGAUAAGAGUCGAUACACGGAAAAAUAUUUUUGAGGCAAUAAAAUUUGUGAAAAUUUUUUUUCCUUGUUGCAUUGAAAUCAUUGCCUGCAUCGGAUUCGAGAUGUUGAGCCAUCUUUAUUGCUAGUCAACUACGUCAGUUGCGUUGCAUUCGUUCGUCAAUGCAUGGGACUUUAAAUGCUAAGUUUUGUUCGAAAUCGCGCUCACCACUAUAAUGUUUUCUCUUGGAAGUUCCUAUUAAUAACUUAUCUGUAUUACUUCUAAAAGUUAUUUGAAUUAAACUUCUUACCGUAUUAAGUUUGUCCUCCAGUAUGGUAACAACUAAGUCGCAACACUAUGUAUUGUCGGAUAAGCUUUGUUGCGAACAUAUUUAUUUUCCAGUCAAACGAGCAGAUAGACCGAAAGGAUAAAAAUGAAUAAGUGUACAUGUAUAUGAGUCAUCGUAUAUGCA